AGUUGACUGUGGCGUUUAACGCGGACAGAAGAAGAAUAAGCUGUUGCCAGGGUAACAGUUGUUAGCUGGCGCAGAUUUGUUGUUGGCUAAUUUUGGAGCUAGUGUGUUGAUGAUUUUGACGACAGUUGUGUUAAUAUUUGCUGCCUUGUCAAAUAUAGAGAGAAGCGCUUUAUUUCUGCUCUGACUGGAAUCGGUACUGGAGGGCAGAGGAUGUCAGGAGAUCUUGUAGCUGUGUGGGAAGUGGCUUUGAGUGAUGGUGUGCACAGGAUUGAAUUUGAGCACGGCACAACCACAGGAAAACGGGUUAUUUACAUUGAUGGAAAAGAAGUCAUACGGAGAGAUUGGAUGUUCAAACUGGUUGGAAAGGAGACUUUUCAUGUGGGUGGCACAGACACGAAGGCCACUAUUAACAUAGAUGCAGUGAGUGGCUUUGCAUACGAGUACACUCUAGAGAUCAACGGACAGAGCCUGAAGAAGUACAUGGAGAAUCGCUCCAAAGUUACCAGCACGUGGCUCCUCAACCUAGAUGGCAUCGACUGCAGAGUGGUUCUGGAGAAAGAUACCAUGGAUAUAUGGUGCAAUGGACAGAAAAUGGAAACAGCUGGUGAGUUUGUUGAUGACGGCACAGAGACGCACUUCUCCCUGGGUGACCAUGACUGCUGCAUCAAGGCUGUGAGCAGCGGCAAGAGACGAGAUGGCAUCAUUCACACACUGCUGGUGGACGGCAUGGAAAUCUCAGAGUCAGAAUGAUCUGUGUGAAUGAAUGCGUGUGUGAGUGUUUGGAUUAUCCAUCAAGAGUGUAUAUAUGGAUGUUGAGAUAGCAUGUGCUCAUUUGUGAUCAGUCUGACCACAGCAUGUGCUGGUUCAGUGAUGGACCAUUUUGAGGCAUGAGAGACAGAUGUGUCUUACAAACAUAUAGUUUAGUAAUAUUUCUAUAUACCUCACAUAGCAACAUUAGAAAAAGUGUUUUAACCAUCUAAAUGGUUAAUUUCUUAAUUCCUGUAAGUAAUGUCAGUGUGUUUUUUGCUCUCACAGUGCAGUUAACUUUGACACAAAAAGAUGUGAGGAUGGCUGGACCUUUACUGGAUAGUUUGAUAUGAUGGCCAUGUCAUGUGUAGACAAGACUGUUGAUGUCAAAAAAUUUUAUUCUUUGUGCGGUAGCACAAUCAUGUUCUUUAAUGCAUAGAGUGGAUUAAAUGUGAACAUCGUUUACGUCUUAUAAAUACGGUCAGACUUCAGCAAUAAAAUUCUUCAGGAAAUAUACUGUAAUGUAACUGUGUUUUUAGCUCAAGGCCUUGUGACAAGCAAGAUGUUUUCUUUCAUUCAGUCUUUAUGUGUCUGGUGAAUUCAGUGUGUUGUGACGUGCUAGUUCUCUGUUGACAUCAGCUUCCUUCUGAAACAAUGAUCUUAAAUGUGAAAAAUUUUAUCAUGACAUACUGUAUUAAACAAUUCUUAGGUGGAACUGAAAAAUGAUCUGAACCCAAAUAUGAAUCAAGUUAUGUUUCCCUAAGAAGUUAAAUAUUUACUAGUUUAACAAUUUUAUAUUUUUCUUAGUAGAAUGGAAAUUUGAUUUGUAUUAAAAUGUUUGUUCAUUUAAAUAAAGUAUUAGAAUGGUGGCAUCAGUAUUGAAACCUCAGUAUAUUUGCUAUUAAAAUCUUCUUUUGACCCUGA